AAUGAAAUUGUGCCAAGUUUUUAGGUUUCUGCGGGAGUGAUUCCCCGGUAAGGAUAAAAGUUGUGGACGUUCAAAUCCCCGUAAAAGUCAGUAAGACUUUUUAAUUUUUAUUUUGAUCUUUUUUUGAGUUUGACCUGAUGAACUCAUUGGAAAGAGUCAAAUGGGCCAAAUGCAUGAUUGCAAAACUCCUCGGGAAAGUUUCCGUCAAGUAACGGGCUCGUAUGAUACAGAUUGUAUAUAUAGAAGGGUUGCGUGCAUACGAUGGGAGUAAUUGGGUAAAACCCAAAUCGGGAAGAAAAAUUUGCUGGGGUUUGAAAUGGAGAAAUCAUAAUUUUGGCGAACACUUGGCGUGGAGCAGCGCAUGGUGACAUGUGAGUAGUGAAGUACGAAAGGCAAUCAAUGUAGUGUUGUCGGGUUUUGGAUCUAUGGGAAGUUGUAGGUCUGGAUCGAGUAUAAGAAGGUCGAUCCCCUUGAGCUUUUCAUAAAUGUAUCAACUUUAUUAGACUUAUCCACAAAGCACUUGAGGACUUUGUCGCAGUUUGCAGACUGUCUGGCUCUGGAUAAUUUAUUGCGCGGUAGAGGAAGUUAUGGCUAGGGAAGCGGAUUCUGAAUCUAGCUGGCUGCAUUUUGUUGCCAGUCAUGAAAUGCAGGCUUUGUUGAACGAUAAUUUGUUUGCGACCAGUGCUUUGAUGGAUGAUAGCUCGUUCGCUGCUUUGCUCUCCCUUCCGUCGCAGCAGACGAUGAAUGUUGGAGGUGCGGGGAUUUUUGAUCCUGCAGAGGACGGGAAUGUGAAUUUUAGGGGCGAUUGGCAGCAGAUGCAUUCGAGCGGUGGCUUGAUUGAGGGGAAUUUGGCCGGGGUCGAACCUGGGAGGUGUGAUUUAGCGGUUCUUCCCUCGGACCCUGGGCUUGUUGAGAGAGCAGCGAAAUAUUCUUGCUUUGCGCAGGAAAAUUGUCGGAGAGCCGAAGAAUCUGGGCCGAGUACAACCGAUACGGUUACCAGCUGCAGCAGCAAGGAAAAGGCUCUCGAUUCUACCCUGUCCGGUAAAGAUUCCAAGUGUUAUCAUCCGAAGAAACGGAAAAGCGUGCAGAAGGCGGUUAAUUCCGAGCCGAAGAAAGGAAAGAGCAGCAGAGGUGUAGGCCCUGCGAAAGAUGCCGUUGAAGAAUCUAAGUGCCAGGCGGAGCAGAGUGAUAAGUAUGAGGAGAAAAAAACUGUUAAGGCUUCGCCGCCGCCGCCUGAGAUGUCUAAUUACAUCCACGUUAGGGCACGGCGAGGCCAAGCCACUGAUAGCCACAGCUUAGCUGAACGACUGCGAAGAGAAAAAAUAAGUGAACGGAUGAAGCUUUUGCAGGAUCUGGUUCCCGGAUGUAGUAAGAUCACGGGCAAGGCAUCAAUGCUGGACGAGAUAAUCAAUCACGUUCAGUGUCUGCAGCGUCAAGUUGAGUUUCUUUCCAUGAAGCUCGCAACGGUCAACCCGCGCUUCGACUUCGAAGUCGACCGUUUCUCCCCCAAAGACAUAAUGACGUUUUGUCCGCGAAACCCUCCGAGCGGUGGAAUUUCUACGGAGUUAACGACCUCACCUUACCUUCCAUUUCCACAGCUGAAGCCGAGUAUGCCUCAACACUCCUUGCCCUGGAACAGUAACACACUCCGACAAAAUGUAUUGAAUUCAGAGUUUCACCCGGCCAUUAUGCAGCUUCCAUUCGAUUCUCAAGUGAAUUCUGGUAAUUUUCUAGUCAAGCGGGAAAUGUAACAGCCAUGGAAUACAGCUCAUCGAUCUAAUCAGCACUAGCAUUUGCCAUAAUUCGACGGCUUAAAUACAGGAGAAAUGUUUCAUUCUUGGCAGCCAUAAACUGAGAAUCCAUUUCUCCCGAAACCCUCGAUUGGAGAAACUAUUUCUUCCACAGGCGAUUGAUCUGUAUUUUCAACGCCUAAAGCUUAAAUUAGCACUGUACAUAUGUAAUCCAAAUAAGCUCUAUACAUGGAGGCCGUUAUCAUUGCCCUGAGCA